AUGAGGCGUUUCCUGAGCAGAAAGGGCCGCUUCUCCCUUCGCCAGAGCAAGUCUGGGACCCGGAGUGCCUCCAAAGAUUUCUACCUCGGCCUCCCCGCCACUAAUCAGAACUGGCCGGAGGCGUUUGGCUUCCGACUGGGUGGCACUGGGCCCAGCUACAUCCUGUCCGUGGUGGAGGGCAGUAGUGCCUACCUGGCUGGCCUGCAGCCCGGGGACCAAGUGGUGGACAUCGAGGGCCAGGAUGUGACCAACCUCAGCACACCGGCACUGGUCGCUCUGGCUCAGACCCUCAAGACGGUACCACCCAGCAUCGGAGUGGUGUCACGGAUUGAACAGAUUGACGUCAUUCCUGGCCCAGAUGGCCGUUUUGGCUUCACCAUCGUCGGAGACUGCCCUCUGAUGGUGGAAGACUGCAUGCCCAACGGUCCGGCUGGUCGCAAUGGCCUGAAGGCUGGGGACUAUGUCAUGGAGGUCAACGGCAUCCCAGUGAAGCAUCAUGAAACGGCAGCGGCCAUGAUCAAAGCUGCUCAAGGUCGGCCUCUGCGUCUGGGCGUGCUCAGUAUGGCGCGCCGGCCAAAGCGACUGAGCAGCAGCAUGAGGGUGUUGUCACAGAGCGGGGACAGCAUCAGGGAGAGCCGCGCCCACAAGGCCAUGGAGUUCAAUAAGAAAGUGGAGGAAGUGCUAGGAGAGGAGCUGGAUGUGAAGGAACAUCUGUUUGAGGUGCUCAAGCAGUACGCUGCUGAGAGGGAUGUGGAGAGUCUGGCUGAGGCCCUGCCCGACAUCUUGAUCACAGAGGAACAUCAACAGCUGAUUGACAACGUCAGGAUCUUCAUUCCCAAGAAGCACCGGGAGCGUUUUGACGAGGUGGUUUCCCAGAGCCUGAUGAGCCGGCUCAAGGGGCGGAGCUUCAGCGACCCCAGCCGCAACCACCUUCGCCGCAGCCGGAGUGAGGAUCACCCUGAACGCCUUCUGGUCUCCACCCGCGCCAGUUCAGUGCCACGCACCCACGCAGAGGAAGGCGUGGUCCCUCCCGCCCGCGGCAUGCGCAAGACCACCUCCCUCAUAGCUGGGCACUCCAGUGCCUCCACCACCAACUGCAGGACAGUGAGAGUGUGUAAGGGUAACGCAAGUUUUGGCUUCACUCUAAGAGGCCAUGCUCCAGUGUGGAUCGACUCUGUCAUCCCUGGAAGCCCAGCAGACAAGGCAGGUCUAAAACCAGGAGACCGCAUCCUGUUUCUCAAUGGACUGGACAUGAGGACCUCCUCCCAUGAGAAGGUGGUGUCCAUGCUCCAGGGCAGCGGUGCCAUGCCCACUCUGGUAGUGGAGGAUGGUCCGCCUACUUUCACCCUGUCAGAGCAGGAACUUGCAGGGGGCGGCGUUCCCACAGAGAGCGCCCGCUCCCCUGUACUCAGCUCCCUGCAGUGGGUGGCAGAGAUUCUGCCGCCCAGUAUUCGAGUUCAGGGCCGCACCUUCGGACAGCAGCUGGAGCACCUGCUGACUAUCCAGGAGAGGUACACCAUCUGCAAGGCUCUGGAGAACUUCUUCCAGCACAGGAAUGUUGACACUCUGAUCGUGGAUGUGUUCCCGGUGCUGGAUACUCCAGCCAAACAGGUGAUCUGGCAGUUUGUUUACCAGCUGCUGACGUAUGAAGAGCAGGAGCAUUGCCAGAGCAAGAUCUCACGCUUUCUUGGAUACAAAGCACCAGUUCCACCACCACCACCUCCUCCCCCUCCUCCGGAGCCCGAGGUUGCCCCCGAGCCCCAUCGACGUAGCAGCUCCAUGAGGGUGACAGGGAACACGUACAGGAGCAGUGUGAGGGGACGUAGCUCUGAUGACCUGGUCAUUGGCACACAUUUGGGCAUGGGCUUCCGUGCAGAAACAGUGUUGGAGACAGGGAUGAGGUUGGCUCCAGGAGAGAGACAGUCAGGCGAUGGUACUUCACUUCCUGAGACUCCCAACAACCUCACCAACCUGUCAGCAGUGUACGCUGAACUGGAGAACAUGUAUUCUACCAAGAGGUCCAAGUCUCUGAAGGGUCGUCCUCCUCCCGCCCCCGAGAGUUUUCUGGAACUGGAGCCUCCCUCGCGCACAGCCUCCCCUACAAUACAUGCUAACACAGGCAGCCGUAAAGCCCCUCCUACAUCCUGGCCGGAGCCUCUCCCCAGCCCCCCUCAAUCCCAGUUCUAUUCCUCAGGGCUGACUAGCCAGACCAGUGGGGAGUCCAACCCCUACAUUAGCUUGGACAGUCCCCCUGCAUCACCUACAGAGCCCCCUGACUACCCAUCUAGUCCCCCCGCACACCACAACAACAAGCGGCGUUACACCUUCUCCAAACCACCACGCUCAGAAGACACAGAUCGCUUUCUGGACGCUCUGAGCGAGCAGCUGGGACAGAGGGUGGCCAUCAUCGAUGACUUCCUGACUCCGGAGAACGACUAUGAGGAGGAUGUUGUGCAGAUGGGCUUCCCAGAUGACGAGGAUGAGGAUAUUGAAGAGGAGUUGGGGGUGGAUGAAGAUGAAAAUGGAGGAUUUGUGGCCCCAGAGCUCAGCAGCCCAAGUGAUGUUCAAAGCAGCAGUGGAGAGGAGAAUGCCUCCUCCCUCACCUACUCUUCCUCCUCCGACCACAUCCCUCCACCCCCGAUGUCCCCUCCGCCACCCCCGCCUGUUCAAUUCAAUGACCCGCCUCCUCCUCCUCCAGCACCGGUACCGACUCAGUCUCAGCAUCAGCAACAGAUACAGCAACAGAAACUGCUCUGCUACACCCCUGAACAAUCCCCAAGAGCAUACGUGCCCAUCCGCCGGAAAUCUGGCCCCCCUCCCCCACCGCCACCUCGCAAUAAUCCACCACCUAAACGGCAUUCCUUACAUAAAGUGCUGCCCACAAGAGAUGACCUUCAGGUCCAUGCUACCAUACAAGAGCUCAAGGCUUACCAAGAGCAACAAGUCUACCAGGAAAGACAAGCAUACGAGGAGCAACAAGCCUACAAGGAGAGGCAGGUGUAUGAGGAGCAGAAAGCCUAUGAAGAACAACAAUUGCUCCAGGAGCAGCAGGCUUACCAGGAACAACAGGCCUAUCAGGAGAAAAUGUUCAAGGAAAGACAGGCGUAUGAGGAGCAAAAAGCUUUUGAAGAGCAACAAAUGUACCAGGAGCAACAAGCCUACCAAGAAAGACAAGCAUAUGAACAGCGCCAAGCCUACCAAGAACAAAAAGCGUACGAACAGCGUCAAGCCUACAAGGAGAAAAUAGCAUUCGAGGAGCUUCAAGCCUUCCAGGAGCAAAAAGCUUAUGAAGAGCGUAAAGCUUAUGAAGAGCACCAGGCCUACGAGGAGCAACAAGCAUAUCAAGAGCAACAGAUCUACCAGAGCCACCACUCUAUGCCUAACCAGCCAACACAGCAGAAAGCCCACUCACCACUGCCUCUCCAACAACUCCACCAGUCCUUACCCCCACUGUCCUCUCCAGACUCCACCCAUCACCACGUUAAUCACCCUCUGUAUAUAAUGCGCCAAGCACAGCAGCAACUGGCCCACCAGAUUCAUCACCACCGACGUCUGUCACGUUCAGCGCCAUCUCCACACCAGCCAUCUCCCCAACCAACAACCCACCCCACCCAACAAGGUCAAUACACUGAGGGCAUCUACCAGAGCCAUCAGGGCAUAAGACCCCAGGACCACCAUUCCUCUACGGAGAUGCUCCACCUGAUGCAACAAGCCCCAGCUCAUCAUUCUUCUGCUGAGAUGCUCCAUCAGUUGCAACAAUCCCAGGCCCACCAUGGAUCUACUGAAAUGCUCCAGCAGAUGCAACAGCCCUUCUCAUCAUCAGAAAUGCUCCACCAAAUGCACAAAACCACGGCACAUCAUUCCUCAACAGAGCUUCUGCACAAAGGUCACCAGAUGCAAAUGCCGCCCCAUCACUCCUCGACCGAACUUCUCCACCAAGGGCAAAAGAUGCAUCGGGGACAACCGCACCAUUCAUCAACUGAGCUGCUCAAUCAAAUACAAAAACCCCAGGCCCAUCACUCCUCAACAGAGCUGCUCCACCAAGCCCAUCAGAUGCACCAAAUGAAGCCCCACCACUCCUCCACGGAGCUUCUGCAUGAAGCCCAGCAAGAGCCUGCCUCCCUCCCAUUUCAGUUAAACCGGGACAGUCACUCCCAUCAGAGCAGGAGAAGUCUUAAAGGUCAUCAUCAGACCCAAGCGUCACCGCAAGGGAGACACCAAGAACAUCACCCCCAGCCCACCAAACCCUCUCCCCAAAGACCCCACUCUAUCCAGCAGACCCACCACCAUUCCAGCUCACCUCAGAUCCACCACAUCCACCACAUGACCCCACAGCCGCCACCGCAAGACUACCAACACCAGAUUCACGUCAUCCACUCUCCCCAGCAGCCCCACAGGCCUCAGCCCCUUCUCUCCACCUUUCAGCCGCUGCAGCCACCCCAGCCCGCCCUCUCCACUUUCCAGCCCCUGCCCCAACACCACCAGUCCCAGCACCAAGUCCAGCCCUCCACCCAAGUCACCCGCCCACAGUCCCAGCCCUCGCAUCACCUGCUGCAAUCGCAACACCAGCCCCAAACCCAGUCCCACCAUGGCUCGGGUCAGCCCCAUUCCCUCCCACAUUCACUAUCUGACCCUUCAGAGCACCUGGGGCCCCCUCCACCUCCACCCCUCCCCCCACCCUGCUCUCCUCCACCCUUACCCAGGCCUUCGCUCUCCAGGAUGGAUUCCAACCACAUGAGUGUGAAGAGGCUGCGCUGGGAGCAGGUGGAAAACUCAGAGGGGACGAUCUGGGGACAGUUGGGAGCAAAUUCGGACUAUGACAAACUGCAUGACAUGGUGAAGUAUCUGGAUCUGGAGCUGCACUUUGGGACACAAAAGGGCUCUAUGCCUGCUCCAGAUCCAUGCCUCCUUCCACAGACCUUCAAGAAGAAAGAUGUGAUUGAAAUUCUGUCACAUAAGAAGGCCUACAAUGCCUCCAUCCUGAUAGCUCACCUGAAGCUGUCUCCUGGAGAGCUGCGUCAGGUGCUGAUGAACAUGGUCACUGAUCGGCUGGAGCCAGCCCACAUCAAACAGCUGCUGCUGUAUGCCCCUGACGCAGAGGAGGUCAAAAAGUACGAAGAGUACAACCAGGACCCCAGUAAACUCAGUGAGCCGGACCAGUUUGUGUUGCAGAUGUUAUCAGUACCAGAGUACAAUACCCGCCUGCAGAGCCUCCUCUUCAAGUGUUCCCUACAGGAGAAGACGGAGGAGCUGAGGGGAGCGUACGACUGUCUCUACAAGGCUUCAAUGGAGCUGAAGACGAGCAAGAAGCUGGCUAAGAUACUCGAGUUUGUGUUGGCAAUGGGGAACUACUUGAAUAACAGCCAGCCCAAAACCAACAAGACUACAGGCUUCAAGAUCAACUUCCUUACAGAGUUGAGCACAACUAAAACAGUGGAUGGGAAGUCGACCUUUCUACAUAUUCUGGUCAAGUCGUUAUGUCACCACUUCCCUGAUGUGUUGGAUUUUUCCAAAGACUUAACUAUGAUUCCUCUUGCAGCCAAAGUAAACCAGAGGACUAUCACGUCAGAGCUGAAUGACCUUCAUACAACCAUCCAGGACAUUCGCUCCGCCUGUCAGAAGAUGCCUGCGACUGCUGAGGACCGUUUUUUCGUCGUCAUGAGUAACUUCCUGGAAAACACUCAUCCAGCAGUCCAGUCUCUGGAGUCCCUGCAACAGAGAUCUAUGGAGGAAUUCGGCAAAACGUCCUCUUACUUUGGAGAAGACAGCAAAGCCACAAACACGGAGGCCUUUUUUGGUAUCUUUGCUGAUUUCAUUGGCAAAUUUGAGAGAACUCUUAAUGAUCAGCAAGCUGCAGAAAACCAGAAGAGCCCCAGAAGUCAACGAAUGGCCUCCCCACUGGCCUGGUAACACACACACACACACACACACACACACACACACACACACACACACACACACACACACACACACACACACACACGGAGAUGACUACAUAGUUCACACAGUAUGUGCACAGACACAUUCACAUAUACUUUAUAUACAUGCACAACACACACACACACCACUCAAUGCACAAAAUACAACAUUGUAUGUGUUUUUGGUCAAAAUGAAGGGAAGGAGAAGCUUUGAAAUGAGGCAAAAAUAAAUAUAUUUUGCAUCAAAGAUGAACGAUUUAGCUUUAUACCAGUGGUAUAGUAUAUACUGUAUUUCCUUUCAAAAACGAAACAAAGAUUUCUCAAUGACUGCUACAUAGAAAAUAAUCUACUAUUUGAAAGACAGUUACUCAGUAACAUCCUGUAGUUUUCUUUCUCUAAGCCUGAAUGUAAGUGUGCUAUUACAAAUCUAUAGUAAAAUACUUGUUGUAUAUCCUCUAAUAAGACAUUUACAAAAAAAGAAAAUGAAAUAGAAAUAGAUAUUUAAUUAAAAUACAUUCACAUUAUCUUGGUGGUUAGGAAGAAAAUCACAAAACCAGUUUUCUUGUUCGUUUAUAUGUUCUGUAUUUUUGUAAGCCGCCCACCACACUGAAUGUAACAUAAGUUAUUUACCGACUAAGUGUAGCUUAUUUUCCUCAAGUAAAUAUUCAUUGAAACAAUCUGUCCUGAUGACGCAUUGUUUCAUUUACUGCUUUGUAUCUUUGCCUCACUGUCAGUGGAUUCUCCUAAUUCCUACUAUGUCAGUUAUAGCCAUAAAAUGUCCUUUUUUCUUAAUGUAUUGUUCUAACUUCUAAUGAUAUUAACAUGUAUAUAUGAGACAACAUCAAUGAGAAGUUGGCACUUACUAUUUGUUUUUAUAAAAAACAAUUUUAACUGUUCCAAGGAUCAUUUUUAAUCAGUCUGCAGUCAUUAACACACUAAGUAUAGGCAGUCGAAGUGGGAUCAUGUGGAGGUAACAGCGGGCAGUGUGCAAUAUGUGAAUGUUAAGCUGUGUUUCACUGUUAGAUAUUAUAUUAAAAAAUUGUACUAUAUAAUACUAUAACAGAGAUAUAUAUUGUGUGUACUGUGCAGAAUGAGAGUGGAUGCUACAAUAUAUGAAGGACUUUGUUACAUUCAUGUAUUACCCAAACAUUAUUUUUUUGAUUGUGUCAUAUGGACCGACCAUAAAGUUAUUAUACCGCUGAGAGGAAAGCAAAGUCAUUAAGUUUAGUGUAGCAAAUGCAGCAUUUUACAUACGAGCGGUUAAUAAUACAACUUCUUGAGACCUGCCAGUGCUCUGUAAAACAUAAAUCUUAGUCUUCAAGUGAUAUUUUUAAAUGGUAAGGUAAAUUAUUAUGAUAAGAACAAUGUGUGCAGCUAGUAAAAGCAUUGUUUGAGUUUUUCUUUUCCUGCUUUAAUUACAGAAUGUAAACUUCUAAAGCAUUGUUGUCCAUUUAAGGCCUAUAAAGUGUUAAGUCUGUAUUUUGUAUUGUAUCCUAAUGCUGACAACUAUAAAGAGU